CAGUGACUCCAGCAGCAGCUCGAGCGACGAGUCCCCGGCACGGUCAGUUCAGUCGACAGCCGUCCCAGCGCCCGCAUCCCAGCUGCUUCCAUCUCUGGAGAAAGAUGAACCCCGGAAAAGUUUUGGGAUCAAGGUUCAAAAUCUUCCAGUGCGCUCAACAGAUACAAGCCUUAAAGAUGGACUUUUCCACGAAUUCAAGAAGUACGGAAAGGUGACGUCGGUGCAGAUUCACGGGGCUUCUGAGGAACGGUAUGGACUGGUGUUCUUCCGACAGCAGGAGGACCAGGAAAAAGCACUAAAUGCCUCAAAAGGAAAACUUUUCUUUGGCAUGCAGAUUGAAGUCACGGCCUGGAUAGGACCAGAAACAGAAAGCGAGAAUGAAUUUCGUCCUUUGGAUGAAAGGAUAGAUGAGUUUCACCCAAAAGCAACGAGAACUCUCUUCAUCGGCAACCUGGAGAAAACCACCACCUACCACGACCUUCGCAACAUCUUCCAGCGCUUUGGUGGGAUUGUGGAUAUCGACAUUAAGAAGGUGAACGGUGUUCCUCAGUAUGCAUUCCUAGCGAGUGUGUGCAAAGCAAUUAAGAAAAUGGACGGGGAAUAUCUUGGAAAUAACCGGCUCAAGCUGGGUUUUGGAAAGAGCAUGCCUACAAACUGCGUGUGGUUAGAUGGUCUUUCUACAAACGUUACGGAUCAGUAUUUAACUCGACAUUUCUGCCGAUACGGGCCUGUGGUAAAGGUGGUGUUUGACCGCUUAAAAGGCAUGGCCCUGGUUCUCUACAAUGAGAUUGAAUAUGCACAAGCAGCUGUAAAAGAGACCAAGGGGAGGAAAAUCGGUGGGAAUAAAAUUAAGGUGGACUUUGCAAAUCGAGAAAGUCAGUUGGCAUUUUAUCAUUCCAUGGAGAAAACGGGUCAAGACAUCAGAGACUUUUAUGAAAUGCUGGCAGAAAGAAGAGAUGAACGAAGAGGAUCUUACGAAUACGCACCUGAUCGUACUUACUACGAGACCGUUCGGACUCCAGGGACGUAUCCUGAAGAUCCUCGGCGAGAAUACCCAGCUCGAGGCAGAGAAUUUUACGCCGAGUGGGAUCCUUACCAAGGAGACUACUACGACCCACGCUACUACGACGACCCACGCGAAUACAGGGAUUACAGGGGCGAUCCGUACGAGCAAGACAUCCGGGAGUACAGCUACAGGCAACGGGAGAGAGAGAGGGAGAGGGAACGGUUCGAGUCCGAUCGGGACAGAGAUCACGAACGGAGACCGAUUGAACGCAGCCAGAGUCCGACGCACUCCAGGCGUCCCCAGAGCCCUGGAGCGUCUCCUUCCCAGUCGGAAAGGCUGCAGAGCGAUUCAGAGAGGAGGAUUUACAGCAGGUCAUCAGAUCGCAGCGGCAGCUGCAGCUCUCUGUCUCCUCCACGAUAUGACAAGCUCGACAAAGCCCGCGUGGAACGUUAUGCAAAAAAUGAAAAAACAGAGAAAGAGCGUGCUUUUGAGCAGGAGAGAGUCGACAAGGAGAAACGCUUGGUGAGAAAAGAAAAGCCGGAAAAAUUAGAAAAGGAGAAAACUGAUAAGCAAAAACGAAAAGCAAAAAUUCAUUCGCCCAGCUCUCAGUCUUCGGAAACGGAUCAAGAAAAUGAGAGAGAGCCCAGCCCUGAAAAACUGAAGGGCAACAGUAAACAAAGUAAAGAGAGAGGUGACAAAGAGGGGACAGCUAAAAACCGCCUGGAACUAAUGCCCUGUGUUGUGCUGACCCGAGUAAAAGAAAAGGAAGGGAAAGUUAUCGAUCAGCCUGCUUUGGAGAAACUGAGAGCAAAGCUUGAUAAUGACACUAUGAAGUCCCCGCUUCUUGAACAAAAAACACAGACAUCUCAGGCUGAGCAAACCAAGUCCGAUCAGUCUAAACUGGAACCCGUCAGAACCAAGGUACAGAAGGAGAAAGCCCUCGCCAGUCACGUAGAGGUGGUGGAUAAGGAGGGAAAACUGAAACCCAAAAAGCACUUGAAGACAGAGCAAACUUCCGAGGGGGCCAACGCAGUAGAUUUAGACAAAUUGGAAGCUCGUAAAAGACGUUUUGCCGAUGCAAAUCUGAAGCCUGAGAGGCAAAAACUGGAAGUGAAAAGAAGCAGCCAAGAUGAGGAAGAUGGACGCAUGGCUUUGAAAAAGCAGCUUGACGCAACGGCUUCGUCUCGAGAAGCGACAAUGUUAAGGGAAGGUGAAUUGGAGAGAAAACCCCUGAGGAAGGAGUUGCUUAAAAGGGAAUCUAAAAAACUCAAACUGGAAAGACUUAUUCCUGUUACUAGUCCCAAAGAAAUUCAGGAGACUCUUAACGUUGGUGGGGUUGGCGGACGUCCCAACCUGGAUCUGCAGGCGAGGCUGAUGGAGGCAGCCGAUGAACCGGUGGAAGUUCAGGAGCUCUCUUCUAAAAAACUGAACCCAGUAAAACCCCAGCAUAAACCGGUACAGCUACUAGAUGACCAAGGAACAGAGAGAGAGGACGCACGAAAGAAUUAUUCUGGUCUUCCUGAAGACACACCUGACCAUAAACUUGGCCAAGAGAAACCUCAGUCGACAGAUACAGAGGAGAAAAUCGGCAUCGACAUCGACCACACACAAAGCUACAGGAAACAGAUGGAGCAAAGUCGCAGGCUAAAACAGCAGCUGGAAAUGGAGAUCGCGAAGUCUGAGAAGUUUGGCAGUCCAAAGAAAGAUGUGGAUGAAUAUGAAAGACGGAGCUUGGUCCACGAGGUGGGGAAACCUCCGCAAGACGUCACCGAUGACUCUCCACCAAGUAAAAGGAAAAAGACUGACCAGUUUGACUUUGAAAUUAGCACUAAACGAGAAAGAAACUACAGGAGUUCUCGUCAGGUGAGUGAGGACUCCGAAAGGACAUCUUGUUCCCCUAGUAUCAGACACUUCCCUUUCCAUGAAGAUGACGACACGCUCGAUUCUCCGAGGCUAAUGCCGUUAAAGGAAACCAAAGAGUCACCUAAAAUAGAAGAAAAGGGUCUUUCGUACUCCAACAUGACUGUGAGGGAGGACUCGCUGAAAUUUAAUCCUCACGAUUCCAGCAGAAGGGAGCAGAUGGCUGAAAUGGCUAAAAUAAAACUCUCUGUACUGAGUUCGGAAGAUGACUCGAGUAGGUGGGAAACACAAGUGAAGCAGGAGCCUGGCAGGGUUGAUAUCAGCUUUCCCAGCAGCAUCGUCAAACGAGACAGCAUACGCAAGCGCUCUGUCCGAGACCUGGAACCCGGGGAGGUGCCUUCGGACUCGGAUGAUGACGGUGAAAACAAACCCCAUUCCCCGAAAGCCUCAUCCUUGUUAGAGAGUUCCCGGUUAUCUUUUUUAUUAAGGGACAGAGAAGAAAAGUUACGUGAAAGAGAGGAAAGACUGUCAAGUUCCUUAGAAAGAAACAAAUUUUACUCUUUUGCAUUGGACAAGACAAUCACCCCAGACACCAAGGCCUUGCUUGAAAGAGCUAAGUCUCUCUCUUCCUCCAGAGAAGAAAACUGGUCCUUUCUAGAUUGGGAUUCGAGAUUUGCUAGUUUCAGAAACAAUAAAGACAAAGAAAAGGUUGACUCGGCUCCAAGACCUAUUCCAUCUUGGUAUAUGAAAAAGAAAAAAAUCAGGACUGAUUCAGAAGGUGGAAAACUGGAUGAUAAGAAAGAAGAUCAUAAAGAGGAGGAACAGGAGAGACAGGAACUGUUUGCUUCACGGUUUUUGCAUAGUUCAAUCUUUGAACAGGACUCCAAGCGCCUGCAGCAUUUAGAGAGAAAAGACGACGAUCUCGACUUCAUUUCUGGUAGAUUGUAUGGGAGACAGUCUUCCUCCGACGGGACUAACAGCGCGGCCGAUCUGGUGCAAGAACCGGUGGUUCUCUUCCACAGUAGAUUUAUUGAACUAACGCGAAUGCAGCAGAAAGAAAAGGAGAAAGAUCAGAAACCGAAAGAAGUGGAAAAACAGGAAGAUAAAGAAAACCGGCCGAAAACACCAGAAACAGUUCCUGAUAAUAAAGAACCAGAACAUAAAACUUCCUCAGCAGUUGGUCCCUCUUCAGUCACUGUCCUGCCACAGGAACCAGCGCCGGUUGCUUCUGAGAAGGUGGCAAACGAAAAGGUCGUGGUGGAAACAGCUUCUGUAAAAGAAGAAAAACCAUCUGAACCUGCUUCUGUAGCAGAGGAACAAAAACCUUUUCCUGAACUUGCUGCUCCUGUCAAAAUCGAACCACCUGAGCAAACCGAACCCCCACCAGUCGUAGAGGCGAGUAAAGAAGUUGUUGCUACAACCCUGCCACCAGAGGAAGACGCUGUAGCAACGGAGCAUCCUUCAUACUUGGAUACCAAGCCCCCUACUCCCGGAGCUUCGUUUUCCAAAGCGGAUAUCGGCGUAGAUCCAGAGCCUGAAGGUGCCCCGUUGAUUCCAGCUCUGCCCAAGCUGGUUCAGAAGUCCGAUGAGGCUGCCGAGCCUAAAGAAGAAAAUCCUCCACCUUCUGCCAACACUGAUGCUACUGCGAGUCAAAAGGUGGAGGCGGCUGCUGAGGUCCUGCCACCCGUUUCCGACAAUGAUAUGGAAGUUGAACCUCCGGUUGUUGUAAAAGAUAAAAAGUCCUACAAGAGCAAACGCUCCAAGACUCCCGUGCAAUCGGCUGCAGCUAAUGUGAUGGAAAAGCCCGUCACGAGGAAGAGUGAAAGAAUUGACCGGGAAAAACUCAAAAGGUCAAGCUCUCCCCGUGGGGAGAUGCAGAAACUUUCUGAACUGAAAGUGGAAGCGGAGAAGGUUUUAAGGAACGCUGCUAAAUCCCCUAGCUCUGCUGCGGAGCCGGAAAACGUGGAGCCAAGCUUGCCAAUAGGCCGGACAAGGCGCAGAAACGUAAGGUCAGUCUACGCUACCACAGGGGACAAUGAAGGCCCAUCUCCGGUGAAGGACUCAGUGGAGGUCACUAGAUCCACCAGGAAGAGAGGGGAAAAGGAACCGCAGGAAACGACAACCACCGUUCCUACCACCCCGAGGAGGGGACGACCUCCGAAAACCCGCCGUAAGCCGGAGGAGGAGAUCUCUCCGAUAAAGACAGAACCGGUACAGCAAGAGGUGGAGGAGGCUGAAACGAAAGAUGCUGUGGAAGCUCCUAAACCUGCAGAAGGUUGGAGAUCUCCUAGAUCCCAGAAGCUGACACAUGGUCACUCAUCAGCUGCUACCAGCCAACCGGGGAAGAAAGGGAAGAACGAACCGAAAGCCGAUGCUUCGGCUGAAUCUGAAGAUGCCGCUGAAAGAAGCGGUCAGGAAUCGAGCGUCAGUGACAACAGCAAUAAAACAAAAGCCAGUGAGAAAGAUCCGACAGUGAGUGAGCCGAAACGUGAUAGGAAAGAACUGGAUGUGGAGAAAAACCAGUUAGAAAUCCCCACGGUUGAGAUCAUUGAGAAGAAACCAGCACCAGAAAAGGUUACGAAAUCCAAAAGGGGAAGAUAUAAAAAUACCAAAACCGUUGUAGAUAAAGCAUCUGUGUGUCUCAAAAAUGUCGAAAUACGCCUCAAUGUGGAUGAAGUCAAGGGCGCCUUGCGGCCGACGGAGGAGGAGGCAGAGCCGGUGGCGGUGUCGCCAGCCAAAAUGAAGAGCCCUCCAAAAGAGGACAUCUUGCCACCCCAUUUUGUUAAGAAUGAGGUCGAAGAUUCAUUCCCAGAAAUGGAAAAAGAAGUGAUACGGGAACCAAAGCAGUCUCCCGAAGCUGCCCAGUUAGCAAAACAGAUCGAGCUCGAGCAGGCUGUGGAGAAUAUCGCAAAACUCACCGAAACUCCUCCAUCCAUCACUGCCUACAAAGAGGCACCGGCAGACGUGCCUGAAGUUCGUCAGGAGGAUGAAGGAGAUAAACCCGCGCAUCAGGCUAGUGAAACAGAGCUGGCAGCAGCCAUCGGCUCCAUCAUCAAUGAUAUUUCUGGGGAGACGGAAAGCUUUCCCGCGCCCCCAACGUAUCCCGCUGAAUCAGAAGCGGAAAUCCCAGCAGAGCCCUUGGCGUUACCGUCGCCUCGGGAGGAGAUGGAGCCCGAGACGGAUCAGGCCGUGAAUAAUAUCCUAGAAGCUGAGGCUGCCGUCGAGCCAAGUUCCCACUCUGCCCUGUCAGCGGUAGAGACGGAAAGCAAGGAGACUGAAGUCAGCUUCAGCGAAUCUUCUAACUCUGCGCAGGAGGCAGAGACCUUGCAGGAGGCUGAAGUUGCUCGGAAGGAAAAAGGUCGUCAGAAAACCACGCGGCAGAGGCGCAAAAAGAGUGUGGGCAGGAAGGGCGACGCCACUGAAGUCAACACCUUCGAGCCGGAGAGGGUGCAGAGCAAGUCACCCCCCGCCAACGAAGUAAAGGCAAAACCCGAAGAAGCCUCAAAGGAGGAAAAGCAAACUAAAAUCACUGCUCAGGCAUCCAUGGAGCCGAGCGCUUCUGACGCCAGCAAGGCUGCAGCUGCUGACAUUGUCGUGGCUGUGCGUGAAACCGUCGCCGAGAGCAGCACCUCUCCGAAAGCGCCCGCUCCGGCUCCUCUGGACCUGGCUUCCCCACCGGUUUCCCUCGACGAGGGGAGUCAGAGCGGGUUCAAGAUCCGAUCGCCUAUGGAGAACGCACCCAUCACACCACCGACCCCCGCUCUCCCACCGGACACCAAGGCAUCGGAUAUCGAUACGAACUCCAGCACUUUGAGGAAGAUACUCAUGGAGCCCAAGUACGUCUCGGCGACGAGCAUCACCUCCACGCACGUGACAACGACGCACGCUGAGCCGGUGAGCGCACCUCGGUUGGAGGAGGCACCCCUCCACCCCGCGGUAGAGGCCAUCAAACCGGUUUCGGAGGAGAAGCCAGCGGUUCCUGUCACCAACGCCUUGGACCCACCGGUGGCCGAAGCACCGGUGUUCAGUGAGAAGGAAAAGAUCAGCACGGUGAUUUCUCCCAAAGCCACUUCUGUUAUCAGCAGGAUGCCGCACAGCGUGGAUCUGGAGGAGGCUCCGAGGAUCACCUUGGUGAAGCAAGCUCCCCAAACCCAGACGUGUCUCGUCAACGCCCCCUCGCCGAAAUUUAAGCAGAGAUCAAGCACAAAUGAUAACAGUAGGUUUCAUCCCGGAUCGAUGUCUAUUAUUGAGGAGAGGCCUGUAGAGACUGGCUCCAGUCCGGGGCUGCGGGUGAACACCUCGGAGGGCGUUGUGCUUCUGAGUUACUCGGGGCAGAAGACAGAAGGCCCUCAACGAAUUAGUGCCAAGAUCAGCCAGAUUCCCCCGGCCAGCGCUGUGGACAUCGAGUUCCAGCAGUCUGUGUCCAAGUCGCAGAUUAAACAGGAGCCUAUCACACCAUCUCAGCCGAUCCCGAAAGGCUCCCAGACCUCGGCGGGCUACGGGACGGUUUCCACCCAUUCUUCUUUGGUACUCGGAACGCAACCUUAUAACACGUCGCCCGUCAUCUCCUCGGUUAAACAAGAGCGCACCGCGCUGGAGAAGUCCGACUCGUCCCACCUUUCUGUCCAGCCUCCGGCGUCUCAGCCCGGUAAAGUCCUCACGCAGACUGUGAACACUCCGCCCGUACUCGUCCACAACCAGAUGGUUGUGAACAAAAAACUGUCUGAUCCAGCUGCUCUGAAAGUGGAGACCAAGACUCUGCAAUCCUCCAACUUGAGUCCUGGAGUCAGUCCUCACCACUCUUCCCUCUCGGGGAAAAUGCAUUCGGAAGUGAACCACGUCAGCUCAGGAUCCAGCACGCCGACCGACCGGGCUAUUUCCCACUUGGGGGUCACCAAACAGGAGCCGCACUCGCCCCGUACCAGCGGGCACUCGCCGUCGCCGUUCCCCCGGGCUUGUCAUCCCGGCAGUACCUCAUCACCGGCUUUAUCGAGCAGUACGCCGGUCAUGCUGGCGCCGGGAAUUCCCGUUUCUCAGUACAUAUCCAGCAUGCAUCCCGAACAAUCUGUUAUCAUGCCCCCUCACAGCGUAACGCAGACUGUGUCCUUGGGCCAUCUGUCCCAAGGCGAGGUGAGAAUGAACACCCCUCCUCUCUCCGGAAUCCCUUACGGCAUCCGCCCGGAAUCGCUCCACUCCCCCAGAGCUCCUCUCCAACCCCAGAUGGAGAUCAAACCUCAGCGAUCCAGCACGCCCCAGCCCGCUCCAAUACGAGACAUCGUCAUGCCUCCUCUAUCUUCUCAGCAUCCUCCCGAGGAGGAGAUGCACUACCACCACACCACGGUGUGCCGGGGGCCGGCCCCGGUUCAGUCCGACGUGCUGGUGAUGCAGCCGGAUUACCGCAUGCACCCCACGAGCAUCCGCCUCGACCAGUACAACGUUCCGCGGGACGUGCGGAUGAUCAUGCACCCGCACAUGGCCGCCGUGGGCGAGCAUCACUCGGAAACGAGACAAUCCCGAACGCCUGAAGGGGCCGUGAAAACUCCCCCCGUCAGUAAGACCCCACAACCCGGCAAAGAGACGCCCAAAUCUUCCGAAAGCAAGAUGGCUCACUCUCCCCACAACGUCCCCUCCAGCAGCCAGCUGCCUGGACUGCCUUUGACGCAGCCGGUGGUGGUACCGCAUGGGGUACAGAUCAUGCACCCCGCGGGGAGCUCCUUUCACGAUUAUCGGUCUGUGUACGGCGACAUGAGGAAUUACCACACGGCGGCACAACUCGGGCAUCCGCAGUUCCCGGGUGCUUCGCCGAUCGGGUUGCCUUCCCGGAGCAUGACCCCAUCUCAGGGUCUACAGGAGGGCGAACCCUCGCACCCCAGCCAGCCCGUCCGCAGCAAGACUCCUCAGAUCCCGCAGGAUCCCAAGGGCCCAGCGGCAGCAGCACCCGAACAGAGUCACCACCCCACUGUAAAUAGACACGCGGCACCCAUGGACCCUCACGUCCACCUUCAGAGGGCACAAGCGGACACGGGCCAGACCUCCUACCCUUCGCCCGUCGCCAUUUCCAUGAAACAGGAGCUUCCGUCGCCGCACCAACCUCAGGCGGUUCCCAAGCAAUCCAUGUUUAUCCCCACGACGUCGGGUCCCGGCGCCCCGCCGGGGUUACCCCUCAAUCGCCCCGAGCCCCAGUCCGCUCUCAAACAGGAGCCGUCUCCUCACCCCGUUUCGCAGAGACCUGUGGAUAUGGUUCAGCUUCUGACG